AUGCGACGUCUUUCCCGGGCCGCCCAACGCCCGGAUAUCACCCAAAUCCAAUGGGCUCCGCUGCCUCCUUCCUCGUCGAAUCAGUCCAAUUUGGCUCCACCCACCUAUGAGGAAACCGUUUUCGAAGAAACGUUCAGCAACCCGGCAAAAACCUCAGCCCAGGUGAAACGUUCGAAAAAACCGCGCAAGGGCACUAUGCGGCCAAGUGAUCUGGCCAAGGCGCCACCAUUGACCGGUCGAAUUGGUGAUCGACGAGUGAGACGGAGUAAAGAAGAGCAGUUGGCCAUGAAAUUGGCACGUCUUGCACCAGAUGCGUUCCCGGAUAAAGAUGCCGAACCGCGACGCAGCUCGUUAAUUGAGACUGCGUUCCCGGACCAUCCGAACGGUAAAGUGAUUCCGGCGGCCAAACGCACAUCCGUCACAAGACUGUCAAACACAGCAUUGCCAGAUAUGGUCUCCGAUGAGGGGGACGUGACUGGAUGGUCCUCACCAAAUCACAUUCGAUUCCAGCGGGCUCGAUCCGUGAGCGAAUUGGUGGUCACCCCGCGAGCCGUUAAGCUCUUCGAAUCGCAACCGAAUUUGGUCGCAUCUUUGGAGGCACCGUUUGGAGUUCAUUUGCUCAGCAGCAGCAGUCCCGAGUUUCAAAUGAAAUACGCUGAGGUCGCCUAUUUGCGACCGAUGAUGAAAGAGGAGGCCCCACGUGACGGGUACGUGAUCUACAAUGAGGCAAUUGCCUCGGUCUAUUCUUAUCCCUGGUUCCACUUCAUCUACGCGCUAUCCUCGCUCUACUUGAUGACCCAACUGACUAACUGGUACAACCCGCAAAUAUCGCGUGUGGAAACACUGUCUGAGUCGUGGGCCACAAUGUGGAUGAAACUGGCCUCCAGUUGGCUAGCCCUGUUACUCUACGCAUGGACUAUUGCUUGCCCGCGGUUGUGCAUCGGACGAAAGCUUGGCGACACACCAUUCACAGUGCGCACGCCCAACUCGAAACGUUCCAAACCAAGUCCGGUUUGA